AUGGAGAAUGUUGAAAAAUGGAAAUUUGUUUAUCAAAGAAGAUUAUCACUGGAAAGGGAAUUGGGGAAAGAUGCUUUUGAAUAUAAAAAGGUGAUGAGUCUGAUUCAAGAGGCUAGAUUAAUGAAAACUGUAACUGGUUUUGGAAAGUGCUAUGAAAUGCUUGUCAAGGAAUUUAUUGUGAACAUAUCCAAGAGGAGCAAGGAGUUUAGAAAAGUGUAUGUCAGAGGAAGAUGUGUGAAUUUUUCUCCUAAAAUAAUCAACAGGUUCUUGGGAAGGAAUGAAGAAGAACAAGUUGUAGUUGAAGUCUAUGACAAUGUCAUCUACAGAGAGAUUACUACUAAGCAAGUGAAGGAAUGGCCAUGGAAACAGAAACUAUCUGCUAGUGCCUUGAGUGUCAAAUAUGCUGUCCUCCACAGGAUUGGAGCUGCAAAUUGGGUUCCAACCAAUCAUACCUCUGAUAUAGAUACUGGGCUAGGUAAGUUUAUUUAUAUUGUUGGAACCAAGUCAAAUUUUGAUUUUGGAUCCUAUGUUUUUUAUCAAACUAUGAAGCACGCUGCCUCUUAUGCUGUGAAAAUGCCAAUAGCUUUUCCAUCAUUGAUUUGUGGGGUUAUUCAGAGUCAACACCCUGGUGUCUUAAUCAACUCUGACGAUACAUGCAAAAGGGACCCUCCCCUCUUAUUGCAUUAUAGGUUGUUCACUAGGAAACAUGUCCCAGACAUUGUCAUGACAUCUAGACAGACACCUUCCAGGCCUACUAACAGAACAUGCAUCCUAACUGAGCUAAAAGAUACCUGCAAGACCUUGGAUGAAACUAUAAACAGUUAUAUUAAAAGGAAAAGCAAGAUUGAAAUAUUGAUUAAGGCCAUGUCUGAAGAAGAAGAAGGUUUGAAAGGUGAUGGAAUAAAUGAAGAAUAG